UCACUUCCCUCCAUUUCAGCGUGGUUAAAGAUGGCGGAGCCAAAGUCUGUGCCGAGUGAUUUGUACAAAUGUGUGUACUCGUUUCUGCUGGAGAACAAGUUCACCAAGGCGGCUCAGCAGUUUGUCAAGCAGGUUAAAGUGAGUCCACAGGAUCCAAAUGAAGAACGUCUUCUCAACAUCUACGACUUCUGGGUGAAAUCACCUCAAGCUCGAAAACGCAAAACGAUUGCUAACCAGAAAGUUGGAGGCUCAGUAGCCAAGAAGGCCAAAGUCAGUCAGAAGGACGAAUCUGCUGCCAAAGUCAAAAAGGCGACCCCAGCUGCCAAAGCGGCACCUAUUAAGGCACCUGUGACUAAACCUGUGGCCGCAAACGCUGCAUCUAGCAGUAGCGAAGAAUCGAGUGAUUCUGAAGAAGAAAAGAAGGCUCCUCCUACCAAGAUUCCUGCAAAGCCUGCAGCAGCUGUUAUUGGAACAAGAAAGAAAGACAGCAGCUCCAGCAGUGAGGAAUCUGACUCUGAGGAGGAGCAGACCACCAAAGCCCCUUUGCAGGCAGCAGCAGCAGCCGCCGCAAAGCCUAAAGCUCCAGUGCCUGCUACAGGAGCUAAGGAUAAACAAGAGAGCAGCAGUGAAGAAAGUUCCUCUGAGGACGACGAACCAGCCAAGGCCCCCGUAAAACCUGUCCAAGUGAAAACCACCCCACUUCCAGCUGCAGAGUCCAGCAGUGAAGACUCGUCUUCUGAAGAUGAAGCUCCGCCCAGCAAGAAACCUAAAACGGGAACAUACAGUGCAGUCCCACCUCCGGCUUGCAUACAGAAAGCUACAGCAGCAGCCAGUAAUGCCAAGAGCAACGACUCUGACAGUAGUGACGACAGCAGUGAUGAGGACGAAGGGAAGAAAGCCGCUGUAAAACCUGCACCCGCAAAGACUCCUCCUCCUAAACCUGGUGUGAAGAAGCCUGAUGCAAAGAAGUCCAGUUCAGAGAGCUCAGAUUCAAGUUCAGAUGAAGAAGAGGUAAAAACAAAUCCAGCCAAGGUCACACCAGCUAAAGCAGUCCCAGUUAAACCGGCACCCACAAAAAAAGAUUCCUCAAGCUCAGACAGCAGCUCAGAAGAUGACGCUCCAGCAAAGCCUGUCGCUAAACCUGCUGCACCAUCUGCGGCUUCAAAGAAGGAAGCUGCCAAAGCCAAGCCAGUUGUUGCGAAGGCUGCUGUUCCUGCCACUAAGAUUGCCGCCAAAGAAAGCAGCUCAGACUCCGAUGACUCGUCAUCUGAUGAUGAAGCAGUAAAGACAAAGCCAGCGCCGGCUAAACCUGCCACCCCGGCUUCUCAGCAUGCAACGCCUGGCGGAAAGUCUUCUGUGGCGGCAGCAGCAGCUCAAAGCAGUUCAGAUUCUGACUCUUCGUCUGAGGAUGACGAGCCUCCAAAGCCUGUUGCUAAGGUCGCUGCUCCACCAAAGACUGCACCUGCUACAAAAGAAAGCAGCUCUGAGUCUGGGUCUUCAUCUGAAGAUGACACGCCGGCACCCGCAAAACCCGCGACCCCAGCUUCAAAAGCCAAGCCGGCACCCGCAAAACCCGCAACGCCAGCUUCAAAAGCGGUUCCUCCUGUUGCAAAGGCAGCAGCAAAGAGCAGCUCUGAGUCUGAGUCUUCAUCUGAAGAUGAAGCGCCCGCAAAACCCACGACGCCAGCUUCAAAUGCCAAGCCGGCACCCGCAAAACCCGCGACGCCUGCUUCAAAAGCCAAGCCGGCACCCGCAAAACCCGCGACGCCAGCUUCAAAAGCCAAGCCGGCACCCGCAAAACCCGCGACGCCAGCUUCAAAAGCGGUUCCUCCUGUUGCGAAGGCAGCAGCAAAGAGCAGCUCUGAGUCUGAGUCUUCAUCUGAAGAUGAAGCGCCCGCAAAACCCAUGACGCCAGCUUCAAAAGCCAAGCCGGCACCCGCAAAACCCGCGACGCCAGCUUCAAAAGCCAAGCCGGCACCCGCAAAACCCGCGACGCCAGCUUCAAAAGCCAAGCCGGCACCCGCAAAACCCGCGACGCCAGCUUCAAAAGCGGCUCCUCCUGUAGCAAAGGCAGCAGCAAAGAGCAGCUCUGAGUCUGAGUCUUCAUCUGAAGAUGAAGCGCCCGCAAAACCCACAACGCCAGCUUUAAAAGCCAAGCCGGCACCUGCAAAACCCUCGACGCCAGCUUCAAAAGCAGCUCCUCCUGUGGCAAAGGCAGCAGCAAAGAGCAGCUCUGAGUCGGAGUCUUCAUCUGAAGAUGAAGCACAAGCCAAGGCACCCAUAAGUAAACCUUCCACCCCUGCUGCUAAGGCUGCAACUGCCACCAAGGCCGCGGUAGCUGCAGAAAGCAGUUCCGACUCAGAUUCGUCAUCUGAAGAGGACGAACCAGUCAAAGCAAAGCCUGCAGUUGCGAAAACCGCUACUCCAGCUUCAAAGGCCCCAGUAGCAAAAGCGGCUGCUCCCGCUAAGCCAGAGAGCAGCUCUGAGUCAGAUUCUUCAUCUGAGGAUGAAGAGCCUGCUAAGUCGGCUACCAGUAAACCUUCCACUCCUGCUGCAAAGGCCACUGUCCCUGCUACUGCUCCUGCUGAAAGUAGUUCAGACUCUGAUUCUUCAUCUGAAGAAGAAAACGUGACAGCAAAACAAGUAGCGGCUAAGGCGGCCACCCCAGCGGCUAAGGCAGCAGCUAAGGCGGCCACCCCAGCGGCUAAGGCAGCAGCUAAGGCGGCCACCCCAGCGGCUAAGGCAGCAGCUAAGGCGGCCACCCCGGCGGCUAAGGCCGCCCCGGCAGCAGCAGAAAGCAGCUCUGAAUCUGACUCUUCAUCCGAGGAAGAAGCUGAACCUCCGAAAGCCAAACCUGCUGCAACAAAAGCGGCUGCUCCGGCAAAGGCUGCAGCAGAGAGCAGUUCAGACUCUGACUCUUCCGAAGACGACGCCCAAGUUGAGGCUAAACCUGUAGUCAAGAAACCUACCGAGACGGCUGCUAAAGCGGCAGCUCCACAAACAAAACCAGCGAAGAAGGCAGAGGAGAGUGGUUCCGACUCAUCUGACAGCUCGGACUCUGAAACACAAUCUAACACCCCGGCCAAUGCUGCUGUCGCCAAUGGGAAAGCUCCCAAAGCUGCAUCAUCUAAACCCGCAGAGCCAUCUUCCAGUGAUAGCAGUUCAGAAGAGGAGGCCACUGUGAAAAGUUCUACACCUGCUCAAUCCACAAAGGCAGCUAAAGCCAAAGACUGCAGUAGCUCCUCAGACAGCUCCGAUGAUGAUGAGGCUGCCACCACCCCCAAGGCGAACGGUACCAAUGGCAAGAAAAAAGCUAAAAAGUCACAGGAAACUACAGAGGAAGUGACGCAAAAACAUACUCCCAAAAACAAAAAAGCAACUACAACACCUCAAACAUUUCCCAAAACCAAGAAGUCUUCAAAUGUUCCUUUCCGGAGAAUAAGGGAAGAAGAUGUUGCGGUGGAUCCCCGCCUCGCAGACAAUUCUUUUGAUGCUAAGAUGGGCUCUAAUGGCGACUGGGGCCAGAAAGCCAACGACGUUCUCCGUUUUACUAAAGGCAAAUCCUUUCGCCACGAAAAGACCAAGAAGAAGAGGGGAAGCUACCGGGGCGGUGCCAUAAACAUGGCAGUCAACUCCAUCAAGUUUGACAGUGAUUGAAGAGCCCGAUCUCUCACUUGCCUCAGCCUGAACUGUACAUCACCUGUGUGGCACGGACCUCCCGGAACUUUGAUAGACAGUAUACUUUGAAAGGUUUUCAUCAGGGAUUCAUUGUCAAAGACACAAGGAUGCCUAAUGACUGCUCUUAGCCACAAGGUGUCUUAAGGCCAUGAAUCCAUCCUUAGAGAAACGGAAACUACGUGGAUAUAUAUAUAUAUAAUCAGUAAGGCUUUUUUUUUUUAAUUUUUUUUUUUUUUUAUGAAAUACAAAAAGGAUUGCGGAGAGCCAGGCCAUAAUGUGAGCAUUGGUGAGUUUGUACUUGUUAAAAAAUUUAGUAGAGGACUUACAUAUGUUUUAUAGUGUAUAUUUAUUGUUCCAUUUCAUUUAGGCCCUUGUGUAUUUUCAAUGUUCCUUACAAGCCAUUUUGUGUUAACUUUUACGUAAAGCCUUUUCGUUUUGUUUGUUAGAAAUGUUAGUUGCCUAAUGGUUGAACAUGUUACUGUUGGGAUUUCAAGUUUUUUUGAUCACCUCUCAUGUUCUGUUGCCACCAGGAGGCGCAGUAACAACACGAAUAAAAGCAAUGCUAACAGGAUUUUCAACCAGGUUCUAGCAUUUUUAGAUUAUUCAAAAGUGGAGUAAAGACGUGUUUAAUCAGGCGCAUUGAAUGUCCCAAUCAUGCCAUAUCAAAUUUCCUCAAGGCAUUUUUUUUUUUUUUUUUUUUUGGUCAUAUCUCCCAACAAGUUGUACAUCUGCAUGGUUUCUGUACAUUAGUCUUUGAAGGUUUAAUUAAAUCAUUGAGAUUUCUAAUGUUGAUUGUGAUUAUUUUAAU